AUGUCUCGUGGACAGCGUCAAACGGAAGGUAGUACUAAAGCCAGACGACUGCAAUACAACGGAAAUCAGCCGUUGUCUUCUGGUGAGUUCGACUUCCGAAUCUCUUCUUCUUGCACUUUGAUACGAAAUGAAAGUCGCCCUAACAAUCGGUUGAAUAUAUCUCAUUCAAGGGUUACUGACAACCUCAAAACCUGGUUAUAUCUAAAGCAGACAAUCGCUUCAUCUCGUUCUUUGCGCAUGAUUGACAACUCUCUACGCAAUCGGUCUACUUCAUUUCGUCUGCCCCAAGUUCCGGUCUCGCUGCCAGUGCCAAUGGAAGUGCUGUCAUCUCCGGCUCCUCGGACUGACUCAACUGUCGUCUUCAAGGCUUGUACCUCUUGUUCCUUCUCAUAA